CGUCGGUGUCAUACAACUCCAACCUCCAUGACUGACUUAACGGCCACUUUUCGAUCGCUCGUUCAGAAGCACCAACAAGCCAGCUCUCAUGAUUCGGCUCAGACUGUCCGCAAGCGGAAGCGCCAUCCAGGGCUUGUUCCUACUGAGGAUGAGUACAUGAAAGAAGCAAGGCGGAUUUAUGCGCACAUUUCAGAUCUAAGGAACUUCUUGCUUUCUGUUCGCCAGGCAUACCUGAACAUCUCAACUGCAUCCUCAAGAUCACACCGCGGAAAUGGCACAUCAGUCUCCGCACUUAGGCCUGGCGCCGGGGUGUCUGAGAUCCGGCAUCUCACGGACAAGGAAAGGGAUGAGAUUGAUUAUGAGGUCAGAAUGAUCUUGACUCAAUCGUGGGAGCGAGUACGGCGGCUAGAGGAGGCAGAACAAGUACGCAGAACAGCCCUGGAGAACAGGUUGGGGUUUGUGUCUCGAUGGCUGCGUGACCCCACAGAGGAAGACAUGAACGACCUCUUGUCGGCGCACCGAUCUGGUGUGACCUGGUUCCUCAAUCAAAAGCUGGCCAAAGUUAGUGGCAUGCAGAAAGAGCAACAAGAGAUCCGAGUUAUGCGACAGGUUGAAAAGAGCAAGAGUAUGCUUCAUGCAACACCCGUGUUCGCAACCCAGCACCGCAACUCUCCCGGGCCCACAUUACCCCCAGCUGACGACACUACUGCCAAAGAACUCGAGGCUCUUUUAACACCACAACAACUUCAAGCUCUGGAAUCUGAAAACAAGUCAAUGCUUGAGGAGUUCUCCUCCACCCUCGAUCAAGUGCGCGGCCUGGAAAAGGCCUUGAUGGAGAUUUCAAGUUUACAAAAUGUGUUGGUGCAGCAUCUGGUACAACAAACGGAGUUGACGGAUCAGUUGUAUGACGAGGCGGUUACGACAGCGGAGGAGGUGCAAAGGGGAAACACGCAGCUGAAGAAAGCAAGGGAAAGGAAUUCAAGCACAACAAAGUUCAUCUUGGUGUUCCUGAUAAUGGCAAGUCUGAUCCUGUUGUUUCUAGACUGGUACAGCUGAAUGAUCUGGGUGAAGAGAAUUGCAAGAGCAAGGUGCAGAAGGAAACAUUAGCUUUGCUUGGCCUAGGCC